AUGCCGGGCCUCCUGCCGGGCAUGACCCCCGAGGAGCGCGCGGCGGCGCCUGCGGCGCUGCUAGGCGUAUCACGGGACUACUGGGCCGACGUGCACACGGACCAGCCCUCGGACUUCGGACUGCCGGAGACCAUCUGCUUCUCCCCGGGCGCCGCCCGCGGCACGAGCAGCGGCGGGAGCGGCGUCGGGAGCGGCGGCGGGAGCGGCGGGAGCGGAAGUUCUGGGGACACCGGCUGGUGCUUUGCCGUGCCGCCGGCGCGGCUGGUGGUGGAUUUGCAGGCAGCGACGGCCGGGGGCUGGUGCCUCGUGCUGGUGCCCGGCAACGUGGCGCACGGGACCCCCAAGCCCAUCAUCAGCAACCACGGGGGCUACGGCAUCGUGGUCGUCAACAAGGUGGGGACGUGA